AUGGCGCGGCGCCGCCACCGCCCGCUGCUGCUGCCGCCGCUCCUGCCGCCCCUCCCGGCGCUGCUGCUCGGGCUCGGCCCGGUGCUGCUCGGAACCGCCGCCGCCUUCAACCUGGACCGCACCUUCCCCGUCCUCAAGGAGGGGGGCCCCGCCGGCGCCUUGUUCGGCUUCUCGGUGGCGCUGCACCGGCAGACGGAGCGGAGGGAGCGCAGCUUGCUGUUGGUGGGGGCCCCCCAAGAUGCGGAGCCCGUGAACGGGACCCGGACGGGCGCCGUCUACGCCUGUCCCCUCACCGCCUCCACCCGCGACUGCCAGCGCCUCGACAUCGAGCUCAAGGAUGAACCAGACAAGGCCAUCAUCGAUGACAUGUGGCUGGGGGUGACGGUGGCCAGCCAGCGGCAGCCGGCGGGGAGGGUGCUGGCCUGUGCCCACCGCUACACCAAGGUGCUGUGGUCGGGCAGCGAGGACCAGCGGCGCAUGGUGGGCCGGUGCUACGUGCGGGGCAACGACCUGCGGCUGGACCUGAGCGACGAGUGGCAGACGUACCACCACGAGAUGUGCAACGCCAACACCGACAGCGACGAGACCGGCAUGUGCCAGAUGGGCACCAGCGCCGGCUUCACCGCCAACAUCAUCUACUUCGGCGCCCCCGGCGCCUACAACUGGCAGGGCACUGACUACAUGUUGCAGCGGGAGAUGUGGGACCUGCACGACUUCUCCUUCCCCAACCAGAAGAAUGGCAACACCUACAUAGGGUACACGGCCGAGGUGGGCAGCGCGGUGCUGCAGCAGGACGCGGUGACCAUGGUGACGGGCGCCCCCCGGUACCAGCACACGGGCGCCGUGUACCUGCUGAGCCGCAGCCCCCAGCAGAGCCUGCACAGGAGCCUCCUGCUCCCCGGCCCGCAGGUCGGCUCCUACUUCGGCAGCGCCAUCGCCCUGGCGGACCUCAACAACGACGGGUGGCAGGACCUGGUGGUGGGGGCUCCCUACUACUUCGAGAGGAAGCAGGAGGUGGGGGGCGCGGUGUACGUGUACAUGAACGAGGUGGGGGGCUUCCAGCUGCACCCCAGCCUGGUCCUCACCGGCCCCAGCUACUCCGGGUUCGGCUUCGCCCUGGCCAGCAUUGGGGAUGUCAACCAGGAUGGAUUCCAGGAUAUUGCUGUGGGGGCUCCUUUUGAGGGGUAUGGGAAGGUCUACAUCUACCACAGCAGUGCUGAGGGGCUGCAGGACAAACCCCGGCAGGUGAUCAGCGGGUCAGACCUGGGCCCCACCAAAAUAAAGACCUUCGGGUACUCGCUGAGCGGGGGGCUGGACGUGGAUGACAAUUCCUACCCGGAUCUCCUGGUGGGCAGCUUGAACGAGCGGAUCGUCCUGCUCAGAGCUCGCCCCGUGAUCAACAUCCUGGACAAGACCUUCACGGUGACCCCCAGCAAGGUGGACCCCGCUCAGUGCACACAGAAGUCCUGCAUCACGGUGACCCUCUGCUUCUCCUACAACCAGAGCGCAGGGGACCCCAAGUACCAGGAGAGGAUCACCCUGGAGUACACGCUGGAGGCGGACAAGGACCGGCACCCGCCCAGGGUGAGGUUUGCGGGGUCCCCGUCUGCCACCUACACCGGCAGCUUCACCAUGCCCGACACCCGCUGCCAGACCCGGGAGCUCCUGCUGCUGGACAACAUCCGGGACAAGCUGCACCCCAUCGUGCUCUCCAUGAACUACUCGCUGCAGGAGAAGCCCAGAACAUUCCAGCUGGGCCCUCACUCCCUCGACUCCUUCCCUGUCCUCAACCAGGACCAGUCCCACGAGAACGAGACCAAGAUCGAGUUCCAGAAGGAAUGUGGCUCCGACAACGAGUGCUACAGCAACCUCCAGCUCCAGAGCAGCUUCGUCACCGACCAGAACCAGCCCCUGCCCAGGCUGAACGGGACUCAGGUGCUGCAGUACAGCCGGGACGUGAGGAAGCUCUACCUGAGCAUCAACAUCACCAACACACCCACCACCCCCUCCAAUGGCGAGGACGCCCACGAGGCCCUGCUGAACGUCACCGUGCCCCCCAGCCUGCUGCCCUCCUCCAUCCGCCCAAGCGGAGCCUGCACGUUCGGGGAGACGGUGCUGUGCGAGCUGGGAAACCCUUUUAAGAGGAACCAGAGGGCAGAGCUGAUCAUCACCUUCGAGGCCAUUGGGAUCAUGCUGGACACACGGGAGGUCUUGGUGUGGCUGGAUCUGUCCACGCAGAGCACCCAGGAGGACCUGCAGCCUGUGCUCGUCAAGCUGCUGGUGGACUACAGCAUCCAGUCCUCACUGAGCAUAGCCUCCUCCCAUGUCCAGUCCUACUUCAGUGGGGUGGUGGUGGGCGAGUCAGCCAUGAAGCAGGAGCAGGACGUGGGCAGCCCCCUCACCUUCGACUUCCAGGUGACCACCAAGGGUGAGUCCCUGGGCUCCUUGGGCACCAUCCUGCUGGGGUUUGAGUGGCCCUACGAGAUCCCCAACGGUAAAUGGCUCCUCUACCCCACCGAGAUCCUGGUCAAUGGCAACGAGAGCUGCCAGCCCCCCGGGGGGGUCAUCAACCCCCUCAACCUCACCCUCCUGCAGGACCAGGCUCCCUCCCGACAGAGACGGGAGCUGGAGCCCCCCGAGCCGGCAGAGCCCCCCAUCACCUUGGCCACCGCCAAGAAAGCCAAGUCGGAGACGGUGCUGAGCUGCUCCGAGGGCACCGCGCGCUGUGUGUGGUUCGAGUGCCCCCUGCUCCACACCCAGCACCCCAACACCUUCACCCUGCGGGCCCGAGUCUGGAACAGCACCUUCAUCGAGGAGUUCCGGGACUUUGACCGGGUGAAGGUGACGGGCACCGCGACGCUGUUCCUGCGCUCCCACGUCCCCACCAUCACCAUGAGGAACCACACCGUGCGGUUCUCCGUGGAUGUGGACUCGGAGCUGCAGGAGGAGCAGCCGGCCGAGAUCGCGCUGUGGCUGGUGCUGGUGUCGGUGGCAGCCGGGCUGCUGCUGCUGGGGAUCAUCAUCCUCCUCCUCUGGAAGUGUGACUUCUUCCAGCGGACCCGCUACUACCGGAUCAUGCCCAAGUACCACGCGGUGAGGAUCCGGCAGGAGCAGCGCUACCAGCCCGGGGGGCUCCUGCCCCGUCGCCGCAAGAAGCACUGGGUGACCAAGUGGCAGGAGCCGGAGAAGUACUACUGACCCCCUGACCCCCCCCAGACCCUCAGGGGACUCUGACUUUGCACAAGUGCAUCUCCCCCCUGCCCCUUCCCUGCUCCCCCCCUUCGGAUGCGGCUGCAAUCCGGCGUUGGCUUCUGCACCUUCCUCUUGCACGCUCGUGCCUUGCACGCCGAGGGGGGAGACCCCUCAAAUGUGCCCCCCCCUUCCUCCUGUCGUGUUUCCCCAUGUGCUGCUGGGCUCACCGAGUGCCUUCACACUCCUCUCGUGUGUCCCAGACGCACGUCCUGGCACGUGGGGACACGUCCUCACACGCCAGGACACGCUCGCCCCCCUCCCCUCGUCGCUGGGUGUGGGACCCUCUGCUUUCACCCCCGGGCUGGGGCCUUUGGGAGCUCAUUCCUUCCUCCUCCUCUUCCUCCUCCCCCGUGUGUUCAGCCCGUGUUCGGACGCAGCUUUGGCUUUGGGGGGUACAGAGCAUCAGGCCGUGUGUCCCCCCCCCGUCCCCCUCACCCUCCACCCCCGCGGGGGGUUAAGUUAUUCCAUGUCUCUUGUCGGUGUUUUGGUGUUGAGUCCCAGCGUCCCGUCGGUACUUGGGGGUGAGUGGGGAGGAGGGGGUCCUGCGCCCCCCCAGCCCCUGCUCGACCCCCCCUCAUUCCUUCCCCACCGGGGCCAAAUAAAGCCUCGCUCCAUGAUUUGUAACUUCA